ACACACAUAUAUACAUACACACACACCACACAUUCUCUCUCUCUCUCUCUCUCUCUCUAUAGGCACAGAGCAUCUUUUCUCCCCCCUCACUCACUCACUCACUCACUCACUCUCUCUCUCUCUCUUACUUGUUGUUAUAUUGUCUUCAGUUCUCUCUCUCUUUCACAUUUGCUUCAAGUGUGAGACGGAAACGGCUCUCAAGCAACCGAGAGGCGCCGGUGAGGCUCGUAAUGAAGAGGAGUUUUGGGGCGGCACGGUCGAUGGCAGAUGAAGGAGCGGCAGCGCUGGCGCGCUGAGGAGGACGCGAUCCUGCGGGCGUACGUGCGGCAGUACGGGCCGCGCGAGUGGCACCUGGUGGCCCAGCGCAUGAACGCGCCGCACCUCCGCCGCGACGCCAAGUCCUGCCUGGAGCGCUGGAAGAACUACCUCCGGCCGGGCAUCAAGAAGGGCUCGCUGACCGAGGAGGAGCAGCGCCUCGUCAUCCGCCUGCAGGCCAAGCACGGCAACAAGUGGAAGCGCAUCGCCGCCGAGCUCCCCGGCCGCACCGCCAAGCGCCUCGGCAAGUGGUGGGAGGUCUUCAAGGAGAAGCAGCAGCGCCAGGAGCUCCGCGACACCUCCCGCCACCACAAUUCCUCCGCCGCCGCCUCCGCCGCCGACGCCUCCGCCGAGCAGGGCAAGUACGACCGCAUCCUCGAGAGCUUCGCCGAGAAGCUCGUCAGGGAGCGCGCCAUCCCCCCCGCCCCGCUGCUCAUGGCGGCGCCGCUGCUCCCCCCCUGGCUCUCCAAUUCCAACAACGCCAGGGCCUCUUCGCCCUCCGUCACGCUCACGCUCUCGCCCUCCACCGUGCCGCCGCCCCCGCCCCCGAUACCGUGGCUGCAGGCGGACCGGUCUAAUUCGCCGCACCCGCCCGCGGCGCUGAUGGUCGAGGGCCGCGUGCUCUCCGAGCUCGUUUCGUGCUGCCGGGAGGUGGACGAAGGGUACCAGGCGCUGAUGGCGCACAAGAAGGAGGCGGCGUGGAGGCUGAAGAGGGUGGAGCUGCAGCUCGAGUCGGAGAAGGCGAGCAAGAGGAGGGAGAAGAUGGAGGAGAUCGAGGCGAAGGUGCGCGCGCUGAGGGAGGAGCAGAGGCUGGCGAUGGAGAGGAUCGACGCCGAGUACCGGGAGCAGAUCGCGGGGCUGAGGAGGGACGCCGAUGCCAAGGAGCAGAAGCUGGUGGAGCAGUGGGCCGCCAAGCACGUCCGCCUCAGCAAAUUCCUGGAGCAGGUCGGCAGCAGUGGCGGCGGCUGCGGCCGCCCGUGGCCGCCGACCGGCCGGGAGGAAUAGAGUUUGGAGCACACCAAACCUGCGCCGCAGCAGUGAUUCCACAUUGAAUUUGUGAGAGAGCAAUCUCAAAUCGUAUCAACCUCAUCGGAGGCCAAAUCAAGAGCAAUACUAUAAUUCCGGCCCACCAAAGACGAUAAAAGAAAACUAGUGUUGUCGAUGAACUUUUUAUUCAUAUAUAGAAUCACUGUUGCAGGGGAAAAUUUCUGAUCAGAGCUGAGGGGUCGGGUGUUUUAAAAAUGUAGCUUUCGUGAUUUAUCACCUGGAUGUUGAGUGAUCCAUGCAUGGUUCUCUGUUUCUCGCGAUAGAACUCAAAAAAUGUUUUUUUGGCUAUAUAUAUAUGUGCCGUAAUUUUAGUUUAAUUA